CAACAACAAAAAAACCCACAGAUUAACCUACUAUGGCAGACCAGAGGCAGCGCUCACUUUCUACCUCCGGAGAAUCACUGUACCAUGUUCUUGGGCUGGACAAGAAUGCAACCUCAGACGACAUUAAAAAGUCUUAUCGGAAGCUUGCCCUGAAAUAUCACCCAGACAAGAACCCUGAUAACCCAGAGGCUGCAGACAAGUUUAAGGAGAUCAACAACGCCCACGCCAUCCUGACCGAUGCCACAAAAAGAAACAUAUAUGACAAGUACGGCUCUCUGGGGCUCUAUGUGGCCGAGCAGUUCGGGGAAGAGAACGUCAACACUUACUUCGUGCUCUCCAGCUGGUGGGCCAAGGCCUUGUUUGUCUUCUGCGGCCUCCUCACCUGCUGCUACUGCUGCUGCUGCCUAUGCUGCUGCUUCAACUGCUGCUGUGGGAAGUGUAAGCCGAAGGCCCCUGAGGGCGAAGAAACUGAGUUCUACGUGUCCCCUGAGGACCUGGAGGCACAGCUGCAGUCUGACGAGAGGGAGGCCACAGAUACACCAAUCGUCAUACAGCCAGCAUCCGCCACAGAGACCACCCAGCUCACGGCCGACUCCCACCCCAGCUAUCACACUGAUGGCUUCAACUAAGUUCAGGAAAAGCUGUGAUUAGAGGAUGAAUCAGCACCUGGCCACUGCAACCGUAGAAUCAUGAACUGUAGUCACCAAGACGGCAAGGCAGCGGCUGACCUGCCUGGCUGUGUCGGGCCCUCCCACCACCUCUACGCCCGCCCAUCCGUCCAUCCUCGAUACAUGAAGUGCGUAGCAUGCAGUAUUUAAAGCAGUGUAGCUACGGUCUUCUUCUUUUUCUUCUUCUUUUUCUUCUUCUUCUUCCUCUCUGUUUUUCCUUUUUUAAUAGCAUGUAUGGGUUAUGUUCAGUGUCUGUGUUGUGGACAUGCUGCAGCCCAGCUGCAUUAACUGGACAGUGGAGCUGCCUCGGGGCUCCAUUCAGGUUGGUCCGGGAAGGGCUAACCGCAACGCCAGGUUCCACCAAGCCAGUUGGACUAGAAAAAGAGGGGCCUCCCUUGCUUCCUGGUGCCCACCAGGGCUGGAGGCGGGUGCCGCCUGGUGGAGCUGCAUCUCCACCUUGACCUUGGUGUCCCGAGAUGGGUCUGGUCCACGCUGUGCUCCCUGGCCGUGAGGCUGCAGGCAGGGCACUGAUCUCACUGGCUGGGAAAGUAAGUGGGCCACAUCCUCCGAGCACCACCAGCAUCACAGUCCUUUUAGCAGUGUUUGUGUUGGGCACAGUUUGCACCUUGUUCACUUGGCCUCAUGGCAGAGUUUCUUUAGUGGACAGAUCUGCUGUGGAAAGUGCAGGUACACCCUUUCCGAGGGUGAACUCAUGCUCUCUGCACAGCGCCUUUAGCCCAGGUCUCUUCCACAGGGACCAAGGUUCCUUUCCGUGGAGUUGCCCCUUGCCUGUGUGUAGGUUGUUUGUCUCUUUUCCUAGACCUUUCCCAGGCCAAUAGCUGGAUAGAUGGGGCCAUGGUCUCUCUUCCCCUUCUGUAAGUCUGACUCCACAUUCCUUCAAACCCACCUGUUUUUAAAUCUUUUCUUGAACUUCUGAAAACUGCAAGUGAUAGGAUCUGCUUAGUCAUAGUCCAAGGGUCUGAGCUCUGGCCAUUGGCACAUGGCUACUUGUGCCUAGGAAGUGUUGUGUAAGUGUCCAGCCCUUGGGACUUUCCUCCCUGUGCUUGCUAGAGCUUGGCCCACCCCCUUGCCUUCGUCUCUGCCUGUCAUCCAUGAUUCAACAGAGCAGGAAUACUGGGUUCCUGGAGAAGGUGGAGGGAGCCAAGGUGCCUCAGGAGGGUUGAGUCCCAGGGAGGCUGCACUGAUGCCUCAGCUCAUCCGCCAGCCUGGAAGGUUAGUGCUGGACCACAAACCCCUGUGCACACCACUAACAGUCUGUCCCGUCUGUGCCCCAGACCUUGUAGGUGGUACCCUGGGUGGGGGAGCUGAGGAGAUGCGGACUGUGCCCGUAUGGAGCAAGGUUUGGAGCUGUCUCACCCCCAGCAGCUCCCUGCAUGUGCUGGACCAGACUCCAGUGAGCUGGGUUCCUGCAGACGUCCAAUGCCAAACAUCGUCUCAAUUUCCAGUAGAGGUGAAGGAGAAGACUCACGUGGAGACUCCAUGGCCCAGAUGACUUGCCGUGUACUCCUGAAUCUUGGCCCCAGCUCACCAGCAUAUCCAGAAAGUAGGGUUAGGGUGACAGGAAGUUGCAAGAAGGGGCAGCAAUGUUAGGACAAACCUAACGUGAUUCAGAAUACCUCACUGGUUUGGCGUCCCCAGCCCCUUCUGCUUAGAGAGCAGUGACGCUGCAGCCCCCAGCUCAUCUGACUGCUGUUACACGUGGGCCAGGAGCCAGUUGGCUGCCAGCACCAGGUGCUUGGGUGGGUCUGUUUUGCUCCUUAAAAUGAUCAUGAAGACAUUAGGGAGGAUUCAUCUAGGAUGUUAGACAUAGCUUAUUAACAUCAGAUUUCUUGUGGAAGGAUAAGAAAUGCACUGUUGGGCCCAUCUGGAAACAGAAGGUGAGACCACUGGGUGUCCUAUGUGCCAGUCCCAGUAUGACAGUCAUAAGGGACUCUGUAGAAAGGCUACCUGGUCAGCCUUGGUGACUUCCUGGAGAUCAUUAAAAAGUGAGUUGUUUUUCCCCAGGAUGGCCAAGAACCAGGUUCAGGGUGUGGACGUGGUGGAAAGUGUGGUGCCUACCUAGGGCUGUGGGGAAAACUGUCCUGGUCUGCAGCUCUGUGACUCUAGCUAGAUAAUCUCAACUGGAGUAGUGGCUGGGGAAGGAGAGCAGCACCCAAACCCAGAGUCCUGCGGAGUUUGUAAAGCUAAGGAGAUCAUGUAGAAUGUGUAAAAAUGAAUAAGACAGUUGUCAAGGUGAUGACAGUGAUUGCCCAAGGCCCAGCUGGGGAUAACUGUGAACGUCAGGAUUGGGAGUCCUUCCUGCCACCUGACCUUGUAGCAAACCCCUCUUCAUUGUCUUACUGCGUUGGUCUCAGGCCUGCCUGGUUUUGGCCCUUUUAAUAAGUAGAGCUGGUGAGUCUGGGGGAGUAAGGUUACACCACUUCCUGUCCAAGUGCUAACAAAUCAGAACAACCCCCAGUUCUUCUGACUCCUGUGCUGGUGUUAACAGCAGGUGUCAACUUCACCUGCCUGGAGUGCUGCAGCCACUGCGCAUGGAAGCCUGUCAGAGCCUGGGUUCCCUCGGGGUCCAGGCAGCACUGGUCACUUCUGAGCUGCAAAGGGUGGGAGAGACCUGCGAGGCCAUCUCUGGGGCGCUGCUGCUGCUACUGUGCGAAUUUCUGUUUCCGCUCAGUGAUGUGGACUUUUCUUGUCUUCCUUUUGGCUUUAUUCUAUUUUUAAACUGCUUUAGAUAUUACUGCUCACUGUUCAUGAGCCUUCCUAGUUCUCUGAUCAGUUUAAUAUAGCCAACACCCAAUGGGGACCUGUUAGAAAAAGAAACCAGAGCAUUCAAUGCAGUUAGCAGGAAACUUCGUCUCAGUGUUGUCGGUUGUUGGACUUGACCACAAGCGUCAAUCCAGGAGAGGCCCUGGAUCAUGAAAGCUCAGGACUCUGCAGGUGUCUGACCCAUGUGCCACUGGCAGCAGUGUGCAUUGUCCUGCUGAGCCAUGGCGGUCUGUCCCAGGUGAACCUCGGUGUGCCGGAGCAAUGUCCACCAGUGUAGCUGGGUGUCUCGGGAGAUGGUGGCCCUGGCGUGCAGGCUGUUGCCGGGGGUUCCGGGUGCUGUGGGCAGAGCUGGGGUGGAUCUUUUCUGUCCUUGGUUGGCCCUCAAUGCACCCUGUCGUGGGAAGUGUUUUGUGAGGGUGUGCCCAGUGACUGAUCUCAUUCCUUUCCCCGUAUUCUGAGCUGUAAACCCCAGCGGCCCACAACUGACUUGUCUCUGUCAUGUUUUGGUUCCAGUCAUCCUCCUGUGGAAUUGGCAAAAGCUACAUCUUUACUGUACUCACAUGCACGGUUUGAGUGUGGGCUGUGGUGUGUGUCUGUGUACAUAUGUGUAUAUGUAUAUAUUGUGCAGCAGGCCUGUCAUGCUGCUGUCCAGUGGCUAAGCG